AUGGCUUUGAGAAUUCCUUACAGGACUUCUGGAGAUACUUUUGAUCUUAUUAAUACAGUCCAUAAAGAGCCUAUUGGUUUAUUUAAACAAUGGUUCGUAGGUGCGGUUAAUUGCCCUAGUGUCUACGAAGCCAAUGCGAUGGCCUUGGCAACAUCGACCAAAAGCGGAGUGCCUAGUGUUCGUUAUGUUCUUCUGAAAGGCCUUGAUGAACGUGGAUUUCAUUUUUAUACUAAUUAUGAAAGUCGCAAAGCCAAAGAAAUGUUAGAAAACCCUUGUGUAGGUCUCGUAUUUUAUUGGGAACCUCUUAAAAGACAGAUCCGGAUAGAAGGUGUGGCCUCCAAGCUACCGACGGAAUACAAUGAUAAAUACUUUUCUUCUAGGCCUAGGCAAAGUCGCAUAUCUGCUACUGUUAGCUGCCAAAGUCAGCCCAUUCCUAAUCGUGAGUUUCUAGACGACAAGUGUGCUGAACUGGAAAAAUUGUAUAAAGACAUUGAGGAUGUCCCUAGGCCUUCUAAUUGGUAA